AUGGCUGAAGGACGCGCCGCCGCUGACUGGGAGAUCGACGUGGAGAGCGUGGAAGGGGAGGCGACCGAGGCGGCCGGCGCGCCGCGCAGCAGCGCCGGCCCAGAGGUGGAAGCGGAGGUGGAGGAAGGCGAGGAGGCGGCGGCGGCCCCGCGGCGGGGCGAGCCGCGGAAGUUGAGCCGCACGCCCAAGUGCGCCCGGUGCCGCAAUCACGGCGUGGUGUCGUGCCUGAAGGGACACAAGCGGUUCUGCCGCUGGCGCGACUGCCAGUGCGCCAACUGCCUGCUGGUGGUGGAGCGGCAGCGGGUCAUGGCUGCCCAGGUGGCUCUUCGACGGCAACAGGCCACCGAGGACAAGAAGGGGCUGGCGGGGAAGCAGGCGAGCCUGGAGCGCAAAGCCAUAUACCAGAGGCACGUCCGGACUCCCAGCCUCCUGGCCAAGAGCAUCUUGGAAGGUUACCGUCCUAUUCCAACAGACCCUUACCUGGGAGGGAAUUCACCCUUGCCAGCCCCUGUAAGUGACAGGAUGAGAAAGAGACGGGCUUUUGCUGAUAAAGAGUUGGAGAACAUUAUGCUAGAGAGAGAGUAUAAAGAGAGAGAGAUGAUGGAAGCUACACAAGCAGCUGCACUCUUUCUCCCGAACCGCAUGGUGCAUGGAGCUGAAUACAACUCGUAUAAAACAGCCUUCAACACUACUCAAGCUGAUACUCCAAACAAGGAGUUUUGCAAUUUUUUACCAACCUGCCUUGAUCUAACCAUGCAGUAUUCAGGAUCCAGCAACAUGGAACUGAUUUCUUCAAAUGUCAGUGUAGCUACUACCUACAGGCAGUAUCCCCUGUCUUCUAGGUUCUUAGUGUGGCCAAAAUGUGGCCCCAUUAGCGAUGCUCUCCUCUACCAGCAAUGCCUGCUGAACGCUACUACUGUCCAAGCUCUCAAACCUGGGGCAGGUUGGGAUGCCAAGGUCUCACAAAGUCAGGACUGUCCAAACACUGAACAGGACAGCAUUCCUCCAAAACUGGAAAAUUCACUCAUUCUGACCCACACACAAGACAUGCAGCAGUCAUGUAAUGGGAUACUGUGCCUCCCUCAGGAAGCUCGUGAGAGGUCAGCUUUCUCUCCUCCAAAAAGGACUUUCUCUCAGAUUUCUGAUAACGAUUCUGUGACUCCUCAGGAACAGGUACUAAGCAAGAUCAGCAAAGACAAUACCAAGCCCCCUCCUUCACUCAAAUACAGUCCAGUUCAGUCACUGUUCCAGCAAACAUUUCCUGACAAAUCAGGAGAGCUGAGAACAUCAUUUGUGAAAGAGACUUUUGAAGAUGCUUCUAAGAAAUACAGAGAGUGUGCCAUUAAAGAGAACCAAAAGUACAAAUUUACAAAAGAGAAAUGUGCAAAAGACUUCCUUGGGGCCAAACAAGCCCCAACAAAACUUUCAACAACUGAGCCACUGUCUUUUUCAGUUGAAUCCAUCCUUAAACGACCCUCCUCUGCAGUUGCUAAUGUUUCUCAAUGA